AUGGCGGCACUACAAAGCCUUAGACUGCAAUACAACCCGUGGAACUGCAGCUGUCAGAUCAAAUGGCUGAACCAAUUUCUCCGCACCCACGUAGGGAACGGUGGGACCAACAGCUGUGGAUAUUGUAAAUCCCCAAGACAGUACGAAGGAAUCAUACUUUGUGACACGAGCCUGGAGAAUAUGCAAUGCUCCGCACCACGUCUCGAAGUCGCGUUACCGAAUGCUACUUUGAACGUGAGUGUUGGAGAAAGCGCAGCCCUUCAGUGCAAUGUCAAUGCAAAGAACGAAAAGGAUAGCACUGUCAGUUGGACAAAACCUGAUGGCAGCCCAGUACGCCCUGGGACAUUUCGGUUUAGGGUGAAGCUUUCCAAGGCCGGGACGAGGUUAAACAUCAGCAGAGUUACAAUGUCAGAUGCUGGGAUAUACCGGUGUGUGGCCAGGAAUUCUGAGGGGAGCGCUACGUUUGAUACCAUACUGAAUGUAACUGGGAGUAUCCUACCUAUCAACAAGGCAACCGAGAUUCCUAUGUUGGAAGAGCCUAUGGAGGAUGAUUUUGAUUCUAGUAGAGGGAGAGAAGAACUGGAGGCAGCCAUCCAAGAGGCCGAGCUCCGACGAGAGGUGGAAGCACUAGAGAAGAACUUGCAGCUGCUGCAGCCCCCCUCAGGAGGUAUGGGCGCUCUGGUUCCUCCAGCCGCUGGUCCGCCUGCCUCCGGGACGACGGCAUCCCACGACCAACUUCCCCCACCCGGUCCCGGCAUGGCUGUCCCGAAGACUGACGCGGGGCAACACGGAGCAGCUGUACAACUGGGCCCAGGAGGCGUCACCAUGGACAACCUUCGGCGGGAGGCAGAGUUGCUCGCAAAAGCGUGA